UCAUCACGCCUGAGGAUAGCGAUUGGUGAGCUCUCGCGACGAGGAAGACGAAAGGGCGCCACGUCAGCGGUCGUUCAAGGGCCUGAUGGCGCUGGUCGAGGGUAACAAGAGGUCGUAUGCGGAGAGGAUGGGGUAUGAUUUCCUCGAUGCGAGGAGCUUGGUUGAUCGCAGCCGUCCGCCUAAUUGGAGCAAGAUCUUGGCCGUUCGUCACUAUUUGGACCGAUAUGAUUGGGUUUUCUGGAACGACGCUGACACCUUGGUGACAAAUUCCAACAUUUCUUUGGAGAGUAUUCUGAAAGCAGCUAUAGGUCACUUGGACUUACAUGCUUCACAUGAUUUGGUUGUAACUGAGGACACUAAUGGCAUUAAUUCAGGAGUGUUCUUCAUACGACGAUCAAACUGGAGCAAAGAUUUUCUAGACAAAUGGUGGAACCAAACAUCAUUUAUACAAUUUGGUUCCACCAAAAGUGGCGACAAUGCCGCAAUGAAGCAUCUAGUUGAUGGUUUGACAUCAGAGGAGCUACGAGAUCAUGUACGCAUAUCCCCCAUGCAAUGUCUAUUCAACUCGUAUGUUUGGAACCUAACGUGGAAAUCUGCUUACCGUCUGAUCACCUCACCUCAAACUAUUUGGAAAGGGGCCUAUUCCAAGGGAGAUUUUUUGGUGCACCUUGCUGGAUUUGAUAAUAAGAGGGAAUGGGCUGCUAAGAUUCUUCAGGAAAUAAAAGCUUGAGCAAUGAAGGUAUGUAUGAUUUAAAGAUCAGUUACUGAUGAGAUGCAGAGAUAAUUUCCACAUACAAUCGUUUGUUCUUUCUGUCUCUAAUUGUCUCUGUUCACUUGUAGUAGCAAAAUAGUUAUAUUUUGUGCUACCUGGCCCAUGUAAAAUUGUGCCAGUCGAUUACACGUAGUAUUGGAGUCCCUACCUAGAUGAAGUGAAAAUAUGUUUAUACAUGUAUCACUAAUGUUGUAAUAAACGAUAUGUAAAUUAAGCGAGAGUUCGUAUUUGUACAUUUAAUUUAUUAUUAUUUGUUCA